AUGUUUGUCGCUUUCAUCGACCUCCUCUUCUUUGGUGCUUUCAUCGCGGGUGUCUAUGAGCUGCGUUUCAUUGCAGGGGCCAAUUGCUCUCAUUGGGAUGGAGGUUCGGUGUAUAUUUCGCUGGGUCCCUUUGGAUACUACGGCUACAGGACCGAUAACCCGCUGUCCUUCCACAUCGACAAGACUUGCGCGAUGCUGAAGGCCAGCUUUGCACUGGGGAUAAUUGAAGUCGUUUUCUUCUUCUGGACAGCUAUCCUGGCUCUCGCCAUUUACAAGCGUCCGGAGGUCGUUGUCAAGGAGACCACUGUCCGUCGCAGGAGUCACAGCAGUCGACGCGGUCACCGGCGCCACAGCAGCUCGGGUCGGCGGCAGCAGUAUGUGGUAUAG